UCAACGCGCGAGCUGCAGAGAGCGUGCGCUCGCGGUUCAGCAUGCGCUCUUGGAGAGGUGUGUCGUACACUCCCCCGCCUUUCGCAACACACACACACACACACACACACACACGCACCGCCGGGGAUUUCCAGCGCCAGAGAUGUUCAACUCGUCUCCGUCGGCUUCCACGCUCUUCUUCUCCGCGGAUCGUGAUCAUGACGUCGCCGGCGGUUCCUCGCGCCCGUUCCGCGGCGGCGGUGACGGCGUCGCGGAUGUCGGCGACGGGAACAACAGCUCGUGCGCCGAGUGGCCGCUCGAGUUCGAGCCCGCGGAGAAGGUGGCCGUGGGUCUCGCGCUGGCCGCGGUCACGGCGGUGACGGUGAUCGGGAACGCGCUCGUGGUGGUGGCCGUGUGCGUGGUGAAGAAGCUCCGCCAGCCGUCCAACUACUUGCUCGUGUCACUCGCAGCCGCCGACCUGUCCGUAGCUCUCGGGGUCAUGCCCUUCGCCAUAGCAACCGACCUCACCGGUGGGAAAUGGCUGUUCGGCGAAGCUUUCUGUAACGUCUUCAUCGGAAUGGACGUCAUGUGCUGCACCGCGUCCAUCAUGACCUUAUGCGUCAUCAGCGUGGACAGGUAUCUGGGCAUCACCCGACCUUUAACAUACCCGGCACGUCAGAACGGUCAACUGAUGGCGAAGAUGAUCUUCGGCGUGUGGUUGGUGUCGGCGUCCAUCACGCUUCCGCCGUUUUGCGGCUGGGCCAAGAACAUCAACGAAGAGGGAGUGUGUCUGAUCAGCCAGGACUUCAGCUAUACCAUCUACUCCACCGCUGUGGCCUUCUACAUCCCCAUGCUUGUCAUGCUCUUCAUGUAUUACAAGAUCUUCAAGGCAGCGAGAAAGAGUGGCGCCAAGCACCGCUUCGAAUCGGUGAGGAUGCAAGGGCUCAAAACGCAGCAGCACCCGGUGGCCGAGGAUUGCGUGGCUCUGUCUCGGCUCCUCAGCCCCGAACGCCAGAACAUGUCCAUCUUCAAACGUGAACAGAAGGCUGCCACCACGUUGGGCGUCAUCCUUGGAGUCUUUACCAUCUGCUGGCUGCCCUUUUUCAUCCUGACCACGGCGAGGCCGUUUAUAUGUGGCGUCGAGUGCAGCUGUGUCCCGAUUUGGAUCGAGAGGACACUUCUGUGGUUCGGCUACGCCAACUCGCUCGUCAAUCCGUUUAUUUACGCGUUCUUUAACCGCGACUUGCGCUCGACCUACUGGGAUUUGCUACGGUGCCGUUACCGCAACAUCAACCGACGACUCUCCGCCGUCGGCGUACACGAAGCCCUGAAGUUUUGAAACAAGACCAGGUUUUUCCAGACACUCAUACACACAAAGGUCGUUGCCAGAUUUGGAUCCUAUGUGGAAAGGGGUUUUUUUUUUUCUUUUUCUUUUCUUUCCAGAAACCCUAUGAAGGAUGAGACCAUAUGCCAUCUUUCAAGAGGCUUUUUUUUUUAUUUUGAAAGGAAAAAAAAAAAGGAUUUGAAGUAGAAAGGUGAACUCUGAAAAGGACACAGUGGGAGGCUGGGAUGCUGUGGGAUACAUGAGCGUGGACGCUAUUUUUGGACUCGAGAACAAAAGUAAACGCCGAAACGGGUUGACAGGCGGUUUGAUAUAUUGUUUAAGAUCGAAAGGAAAGGGACGGAUUAUAUUUUUGGUUCUACUGAAGGAGGUCUGAAAGGACGUUCCGUUUGGACGUACGGACCAAUUUCCGAGCUUAACAAGCGCACCGGAAACCAUUUUUGUUUCUGGAAAAUUGAAAAAAACAACAACAAAAAAAAACUCACGCAGCAUUUCUGGACCAUAUGAAGGACACUGCAGCGGUUUUCCCAUGAACUUCAAAACAAACUAAAGUGGAAUCGUAGUUCGGGGUCGUAUUCCUGGCUGUGAUUCACAAAGCAGAUGUUUCUGACCAUGUCAGAUGCGAAGUGCAAGCACUAGUGGAUAAUCGUUGCUGUAGGGCUUGUGGUCAGCGCUGACUAAUAUUGGAAACCUGCGUGCAUGUUUAUGCGUGUCCCAACAUGAAGCUGACAGGAGAGACAGGACACAAACCGUGUGUCCAAUGACUCAUCCUGUGUAUUUUAAGAAACGGGCAUUUAGCAGGGAUCGGAUACGUCCUCGGUGGAGUAUCAGACUUGACGAAGCUCCGUGUGAAUGCUCCGCUCUGAUCUGAUCUGACCUGUUUUUUUGGCCAGAUUUAAGGACACAUCAUGAUAACAGAGGCUUAAUUACGGUCAUCUGAGUCGCAUUAAAUCGCAAACAAACCUCUAAACUCUGAAAUGUUCCAUAUGUACAGUAACGCGUCGUAUAUUGUCGAAUAUUUGUGCAGGAAAAGAUUACCCUCAUGUAUAUCGUCUCAGUUCUGGAAACUUCUAUGCUAUUCUUUUCUGUGUAAUACGGUGGGG